AUUAUUUGACAAUUAUUAACCUAAUAAUAACUCGAUUUUAUAACGAUUACUCAUUGAAAAAAUAACUUUUUUCUAUAAAACUGUUAAUAUUGUUCAGUUCAUUUACAUAAUUAGAAAUUACAGAAAAAUGUAUUUGUGUGUUUGGCUUGGUAAAAAAUUAAAUCGCAUAAAAAUGGACAAUAUUGGACUUGAUACAAAAGUAGUAGAAUUUAAAAGAAUUGCUAUGGAUAUUAUCAAAAAAGAUUGCGGAGAUGUAGAGUUUGCAUAUCGUGGUUGUUUGUUGAGCGAUGAUGAUGAUGAUAAACAAUCUUUAGCGGACUAUGAGAUCAGCGAAGAUUCAGAAAUUCAUGUCUUCGAGAAAGUCUCAUCAGAAGACAGUCCUAUCACCUUCAAGGAUGAUGAAUUACGGAAGGUUUCUUGGGAAUUGAAUGUGUUGUCCAGGGGACAAAAUUUUCAUACAGUUGCUCAUAAAGUAAUAAGGAAUCAUGCAGCUACUUUUAUUCGAGAUCAUGGUGUUGAUGUUGACAGUACUGCUUUUUCAUUCCUUCAACAUCCAGAAUUAUUAGUGACUUUACGGGAACCAGAGAUACUGAGGAAAAUUGCUAAAAAAUAUCCUUCAAUUGUUCAUGCUGCUAGUAUUUUGUGUGAAUAUAUACAAGCGCAAACAUUUCAAAUGCAAGCGAUAAACAGUGGGGCCUAUUUCCCUAAUGCUAAUAAUUCUUCUGGAGAGGAGGAAGAUAUGGAUUCAAACCCUGGAUCACCAAAUUUCCAUUCUAUAUUUAGUGCUCCUACUACACCUGCAAUUAAUCCAAUUACACCUGCUCAGCUUGCAGCUGCUAUUGCAAAUGCUACUGCAAAUACUACUAAUUCAGUGGCUAGUAAUUCCACAACAACAACUCCAAGUAGCACUUCUGAUAUUAUAACGAGAGAAGUUUUCAGCAAUGCUUUGCAACAAGCAUUCAGCAAUACACCAUCAAGUACACCCCCUAUAACUCCAGGCACUGCUAAUGAAAACUUAAAUUUUAGCAGUUUGUCUGUCAGAUAUGAAGUCCAACUAGGACAGAUGCAUGAACUUGGUUUAACUAAUGAUGCAAUUAAUAUAAGGGCCUUGCAAACAACAUCAGGAAAUGUACAAGAGGCCGUUGAGUUAGUUCUCAAUGGAGUCAUAGACUGAACUGAGAGAUUAUUUAUUAUUGCAGCUUUCAUAUAAUGUGAUUUAAAGUUAUUUUUUCCACUUUGUUUAUGUUAAUUCACUGUAAAAUCAAUGUUUAAUUGUAUUAGAAUUAUUCAAAGAUUUUUUAAAUCAUUAACACUA